CGUCAGCGUUUUAACCGUGUAAAACCCGCGUAUGAGCCCUCAAGUCUCCUACGGAACUCCGGACCUUCAAAAUGCGGGCAGCAUCGAUCCUAGUUAUUCUGACUUUAUCCGUGUUGGACGACGCACUAUGUGACCCACAGAUAAGUGGGGUUUUGGAGCCGUAUGAUUUACUGUUUGAUAACGCCGUUGAAUCCUACUACAAACAAGACUGGUUGUCGGUCAUCCUGAACAUGGAAAGGGCUUUACUGAAUAAGGGGACGGUUAGCACAGUUAGGACGCGCUGUCGGUUAUCGUGUGCGGACCAGAGCAAUGUUGGAGAGCCCGUACCGGGUGUGGGUGUACCGGUCCCAGGAGCCGGUCCACUGGAAGAUCUGGGUUUUUUUCAGAGGCUAUUAAAACGGGCAGAGUGUGUGACUGCGUGUGAAACUGAGAAGCUGGGACCACUGUCUCUACACAAAGUUAGUGACGAAGUAGAACUUGAGUUCAGGAAGAGGACUCCUUAUAAUUACCUGCAAGUUGCUUAUUUUAAGAUAAACAAGCUUGACAAGGCUGUGGCUGCAGCGAACACGUUCUAUGUUGCGAAUCCGGACCACAUGGAGAUGCGUCAGAACUUGGAGUACUACAGUUUGAUGGCUGGCGUGCAGGAGAAGGACUUCAAGGACCUGGAGGCCCAACCCCACAUGGAGGAGUUCCUGGAGGCCAAGAGGCUGUACAGCGCCGAAGACUUCGCCUCAGCAGCCCAACACUUCGAGGCUGCGCUGGAGGAGUAUUUCUCCGCUGACGAGGAGUGCCGGGUGCUGUGCGAAGGGGCCUAUGACUAUGAUGGCUACAACUACAUGGAGUACAAGGUCGACCUCUUCCAGGCUAUCACAGAUCACUACCUGCAUGUCCUGCACUGCAAGCAGAGCUGCUCAGUGCAGCUGGCUACCGUUGCCGGGACAGAGAAGCCCCUCGACGACUUCCUGCCGUCGCUCCUCAACUACCUCCAGUUCUCCUUUUACAACAGUGAGAAACAUGAAAAGGCCAUCGAGUACGCUAAAACCUACCUCCUGUUCUUCCCUGACGAUGAGGUCAUGAAGCAGAACCUGGCGUAUUACUCAGCCAUGCUGGGUGAGGAGAAGGCAGUGUCUGUCCCACCCAGAGGGGAAGUUCAGAAAUAUAUCAAGAGGUCCUUACUUGAGAAAGAACUCCUUUAUUUCGGCUACGAAUUUUUUGGAAUCGUGUUUGUUGAUCCGGACACCUGGACCCCUGAAGAGAUUAUGCCUCAGAAACUCAGGGAUAAGCAAAAAAUUGACAAAGAGACAGCCGCCCGGAUCACAGAGGAGAUUGGCAAUCUGAUGAAAGAGAUUGAGACGCUAGUUGAGGAAAAGACCAAGGAAUCAACAGACAUUGCCAAGAUAGUUAACGAUGGAACGAGCCCGUCGGCUUCUGCUUUAGCAGGUAACUUGGCGCUCAACGGCACGGCGGUGUCCAUGACAACAGAGGCUUUGAACGGUUCCCAGAGAGUCGUGUUGGAUGGAAUCCUCACAGACGACGAAUGUGGAGAAUUACACCGACUGUCCAACACAGUGGUGCAUGUGGGUGAUGGCUACCGAGCCAAGCCUAAUCCUCACUCAGCACGGGAGAUGUUCCAGGAAGUCAGCCUCCUUCAGGCUCUCCAGCUCGGUCAGGAUGGCACGCUCCCGUGGAAGAGCGCACGCCUGUUCUUCGAUCUGAGCGAGAAGGUGCGUGGAGCCGUGGCGUCAUACUUCAGUCUGGAGACGCCGCUCUACUUCUCCAGCUCCCACCUGGUGUGUCGCUCUGUUGUCCACGAGAAGCAAGAAGAGCAAGAGAACGGGAGUGAUCCUGUACGUGAUCCUGUACAUGCCGACAACUGUCUGCUCAUCUCAGAACUCAACGAGUGCAUCAAAGAUCUGCCCACGUACUCACACCCAGACUACAGUGCCAUUCUCUAUCUUAAUGAUGAUUUUGAAGGCGGAGAGUUCAUCUUCUCAGAACUAGAUGGCAAAACAGUCACAGCCACAGUGAGGCCUCAGUGUGGUAGAGUCGUGGCGUUUGGCCCUGCUAAGGACAAUCCCCAUGGUGUUAGGGCAGUAACCAAAGGGCAGAGGUGUGCUGUGGCUCUCUGGUUCACUCUGGAUGCUCGAUUCAAUGAGAAGGAAGACGUUCAGACUCAGGAGCACCUCCGAAAGCUCUCCAGCAUAGUGUCUACAGACGUCCAGGAAGCAGCGCAGACCAGCAGUGGUGACACUCCAUCAGAGCCCGUGACAACACCAGAGCCAGGCAGGGCAGAAACGCCCACAGAGGAACAGACGACCACGCCCGCUCAGGAGCAAGCCAGCCAGACUGCCGAGCAACACCACGAUGGACCAGCUCAUACAAACUCUGGCCUCAACAAAGAUGAGCAGUCGAAGGCUAAAGCAGCACCUAAAGCAAAGGCCAAAACGUCAUCUGACAAAACCAAGGCCAAAACGUCAUCUGACAACAAGGCCAAAACGUCAUCUGACAAAACCAAGGCCAAAACGUCAUCUGACAAAGCCAAGGCCAAAACGUCUGACAAAACCAAGGCCAAAACGUCUGACAAAAUCAAGGCCAAAACGUCUGACAAAAUCAAGGCCAAAACGUCUGAAAAAAAAAGAGAAGUCAGUCACAAAGAAGACAGGAAAUGUAUUGUCAAAACAAACUGUGGAUGGCACAGAAAGCAAACAGCGUAAACCAAAGACCUCAGAGGCGAAAGACUCCGAAUUAGACGCACAUCAAAUAAGGAGGAGCUGUGAGCCUGAGGCACGAGUUAUUUUUUAAUGUCUGUUUUAUAUAUUUUCACUGCAUUAAUAACUUUAAGCCUGUGUGAUGGAUCUGAACAAAGGCUGAACAAAAAAUGUCUGAUUGCUGACAAGAAAUAGAUGACUCAUCACACUCAAUGAAAUAAAGUGGAUGUCAUGUGA